GCAGGAAGCAGCUCUCACCACUCACACACACUCACACACAGGCACACGCCGCACCUCAGCCGCCCGCCCACCGCCCGCCCGCUGGCCGCCACGCAGCAAGACCCAUCGUGCUUCAGAGCCAGACGUGUGGUACUCUCUCUCCUCGCUUGGCACUCCUGCUGCAGCAUUCAUCCACACUCAAGAUGCACCACCGCUGGCUGUUGCUGGGGGCUGUGUUAGUGUCCUGCCUGGUCGCCAGCCAUGCACAGUUCCUGGAGUUCCUGGGGGGCCUGGCACUGCUGAAGGGCGUCGCCUUAGCAGGGUACGUGCUUGGCAGCCACAAGGGGGGCGGCUACAGGAGGUCUUACCGCGGGGGAUACAACAGGGGUUGGCGCCGCCACCGCCGCGCCGUGGGGACCGCUGCCACCGAAGAGGAGGACGCCCUGCUGGCCAGCGUGACCCAGCUUGACCCAAACGGAUGCCUCCUCAAGCUGCUGUGCCUGACGCGGGCCACGCCGGAGGAGGAACGCUCGUCCCACCAGGCACUUCUCCUGCACCUGUUUGGUGACAUCUCCAGCGCCCCGACCCACGCCAGUGAGCCCUUUGCGCAGGCCCUGCAGACUGGCGGCUCAGCACAGAGGCAUGCAGCAGCUUGCCGUGACCACUACCUCCGUUGUCCGCUGUCCGGGUCAGCCCUGCACGGCAUGCUCGUCAUGGCCUGGACCGCACACCAUCACACGCCUCCCACACCCUCCGGAUGAGACACUGACGCACACUCCUCCAUCAUCACCACCACCACCACCUUAAUCUAAAGGCGCCGUCACACACACACACACACACACACACACACACACACACACAUUUUCCGUCAGCUUCGGCUUCCUUCUACUGUUACCUCGUCCCGUCGUCUUUUUCCGUCUGCAUCGUCAAACAGAAGUGAUCGUCUCCACGGGCGUGGCUUGUCGUUAACUUUUGUUGUCAAAUGAAAAGCCUUGUCUAUAUAAAAUAUAGAUGUACUGAACCUUAU